AUGUCCUACUACGAACAACCCCCCUACUACGGCGGCACACCGCAGUACGAACGCCCCCCCUACGACCAGCCCCCCUCAGGCUCCCCCUACGACCGUCCCCGCUACGAGGGUCAUCCCUACGGCGGCCCUCCCCAAGGCUCUCCCUACGGCGGCCCCCCUGGUCCCCCUCCCUCCGAUAGACCCCCCUACGGCGGCUCUCCUUACGAUCGUCCCCCAUCCGGCUCUCCUUACGACCGUCCCCCAUCCGGCUCUCCAUAUGAACGACCCCCGCAGGACUCCCCCUACGACCGCCCACCACAGGGCUCCCCCUACGGCGGCCCCCCUCCACCAGGCCCCGGCGGCCCCGGCGGCCCCGGCCUCUCCGCCCGCCCACCACCAAACCCCCCGCCGCCUCUCCCCCUAGGCUGGUCCCAGCAAUGGGAACCCAGUAUCCGCCGUGCUUUCUUCCUCGAGGAAUCCACCGGCCGCACGCAGUGGGAGCCACCCAUGGGCGAUAGCGAGUUUGGUGCUAGGGGCGGACCGCCGCCGGAGUCGGACUCGUAUUAUCGUGCCGGGCCGCCGCCGCCGCCGAUGGGAUACGGUGGUGGUCCUCCGCCGGGUGGACCGGAGGGGUAUGCUUCUCCGCCGCCGCAGGGCGAGUAUUAUCAGGGUGAGGAUCCGCAGGAGAAGAAGAAGAGUGAUCGGAAGAAGUAUCUUCUGGGUGGUGCUGCGGGGUUGGCGUUGGGAGCUGCGGGGGGUGCAUUUAUUGCGCACGAGAUGGGCGAUGAUAGUUCCUCCGACGAGGAGAAAGAAAGGGAACAUGAGCGUGAGGAGCGCGAAGAGGCGUAUUCGGACAGCGGGGAUAACUAUCCCCCGCCUGAUGAUUGGUGA